UACCUGUGAUGUGUAUGUAGAUGAACACCGACGUACUUUUUUAUAGAAAAAGUCGUCGUUAAUAAUUAUAUUGGCAUGCUGCAGAUCGCACAAACCGUAGAUAAUGUAUCUUUUAAAAUUAUAGUAGAGGAAUUAUUAUAUCUUAGAUAUUAAAAAACCUUAUGUGUGUUGUUUCGAUUGUUGAAGGUAGUAUAUAUUAUUGUGUGUGUAAAUCGACGCUAUGUAACACCACUCGUAAUCAUCCAACUCACGGAUACUACCGAAAAAUGAUUUACUAUAGUACAUGUCUUUAACAUGUUGUGUACUUACUGGGUCAUUUGAAAUUACUUAUAGUAAGGUAGCUCGUAUGUAUUAUUUUUCCCAAGUACAACCUGUAUUACACACCUGUAUAAUAUCUGUAUGUUAUACUUUUCCAGUAGAUGAAUUUGUACAAAAUGUAGAGUGUUGCGUAGUAUAUCUAGUUGGCUAUUAUAGUUUUGUUUUACUUUUGAAAAGUGGGAAUUUAAAUUAACGCCGCGAAUAUCUCGCAAUCCGAAUUUUUCUCUCUCUAUUGCAGUGAACGUCAACUUCGUCACCAUAACGGAAAAUCUAUUUUUCGCCAUUUUCGGACAAAAGGACACGGACGACUUUGCCAUGGCCCUGCGUGAAAAUACCCAGCCCGGUUGGACCCUAUAUCUGUUCAAGAUUACUUUCUCGAUUUACAUGCUGGUCACCGUAAUCGUGUUGAUCAAUCUGCUGAUUGCUAUGAUGAGCGAUACCUAUCAGACCAUCCAGGCGCAGUCGGACACCGAGUGGAAGUACGGAUUGAGUAAACUUAUUAGAAAUAUGCAAAAAACCACGAUGGAACCAUCGCCUCUGAAUCUCAUCACUUCGUGGACGGGCUAUUUACACAAGAGCUGCAAAACAAGACGCGAGACGAAGAAGCGCAUGAGCGUCAUGAACGGCUUCAUCGCGAGGAGAUUGCCCAAGAGUCCGUUCUCACAGACCAACAAGAUAUCCUCGGCGAAGGACAGCCUCGGGCUGUCGCUGCUACAGCCGAGCCCUCUGGGUUCGCAACUGUCGUUCCGCAACAUGCCCACCAUCAACAACGUCGUGGACUGGGACGUGGUGCGACGCAAGUAUCGAGCUCGCUUCGGCGGAGCUGUGGAGAAACCCACGGCCACCACGACGGACGAUCCUCAUCAUCAUCCGACCGCGUGAACGCGCAUUCAACGGCUAUAAUACGAAAAAGACUAUAUGAUACAUGCUUUUUGACACAAUUUGUUUAGAGUAAUAAUUUGGACUAUAAUAAGCGUCAGUUUUUAAUUUUUCUAAUACUUCUUAUACGUAAAGUCAAAUACAUAUAAAUACGAUUGUACUAUAAUAAAAAAA